GUGGCAAGAAGAACAUAGCAAAAUGGCGGACUGAGUUGCUGCGGCUUUCGAUCUUUUUACCUUUGUGGAUUUAAAUAUAGCAUCAAAAACCUCAGUAGUUGUCUUUUCUAAAGCCCACGGAACGGAAGUUGAGUUUGGAGCGUUGGAGUGUUACCUGAAGUGAAGAUUGAAGACGUGAUAGAAGAUGGACGACUACUGCUGUGCUAAGAUGGCGACGUCAUGUCAAAGAGAAACUGAAAGAGAAUCGACUUCCAGAAAAAAGACAGAAACUGCAGAUAAAGACGUCCAGCAGCUGAUUAGUCAUCCAGAAGAACUUCUCACUCCGUUGCCGGCUGGGAGCUCCACUUUGAAGCAGGAGACUCCACAACCACCCUGCAUUAAAAAGGAAGAGGAGGAACUCUGCAUCACUCAGGAGGGAGAGUGUCUUCUAGGACGAGAGGAAGCUGAUUACACCAAGUUGCCACUGACUGUUGUCUCUGUGAAGACUGAAGAUGAUGAAGAGAAACCACAAGUGGACAACCUCUUAGCUCCACUAUCAGAUAGUGAGGCUGAAGACGAGGUUGAAAAACCUUUGAACAGCGAUACAGACUGUGAAAGGGAUAUGAGGACUCACACUGACAACAAACACUCUGAAUGCUCUACAAAGAAGAGAGACUUAUACCAGCUGAUUGGUCAUCCACAAGAACUUCCAUCUCAGUCGCAGGGGCAGGACUCCACUUUGAAGCAGGAGACUCCACAACCACCCCGCAUUAAAAAGGAAGAGGAGGAACUCUGGAUCAUUCAGGAGGGAGAGUGUCUUUUAGUACCACAGGAAGCUGAUCUCAUUAAUUUUCCACUGACUGUUGUCUCUGUGAAGACUGAAGAUGAUGAAGAGAAACCACAACCAGACAACCUCUUAGCUCCACUAUCAGAUAGUGAGGCUGAAAAUGAGUUUGAAGAACCUUUGAGCAGCGAUACAGACUGUGAAGGUGAUAUGAGGACUCACACUGACAACAAACACUCUGAAAGCUCUUCAAAGAAGAGAGGUAAAACAUGUUUGAGCUGCUCAGUUUGUGCUAAAAGCUUUGCUGAAAAGAGCAAUUUGACUCAACACAUGAGAGCACACACAGGAGAACAAACAUUUAACUGUUCGGUGAACAAAAAACACUCUGGAAACUCUAAAAUUAACAUGAGUAAAAAAUAUUUGCGCUGUUCAGUUUGUCCAAAAAGCUUUUCUCAUAAGGGCAAUUUGAUUAGUCACAUGAGAACGCACACUGGGGAAAAACCAUAUACAUGUUCAGUUUGCGGUAGAAGCUUUUCUCAAAACAGCAGUUUGACAAAACACAUGACAACACACACUGGAGAAAAAAGAUUUACUUGUUCGGUUUGCAGACACAGCUUUUCUCUAAAGAGCAGUUUGACUAAACACGCGAGAACGCACACCGGAGAAAAACCAUUUACUUGUUCAGUUUGCGGUAAAAGAUUUACUCAAAAGAGUAGUGUGACCGGCCACAUGAGAACACACACAGGAGAAAAAACAUUUAAUUGUUCAGUUUGUGGUAAAGGUUUUUCUCAAAAGAAUCACAUGGUUCCACACAUGAGAACACACACGGGAGAAAAAAACUUUAAUUGUUCAGAUUGCGGCAAAAGCUUUUCUCUAAAGAGCAGUUUGACCAAACACAUAAGAACUCAUACAGGAGAAAAACCAUUCCGUUGCUCAGUUUGCGCUAAAAGCUUUGCUACAAUGUGGCAAUUGACACAACACAUGAUAACACACAAUGAUCCAAAAGCAUUUAGUUGCUCAGUUUGUGCGAAGAGCUUUUCACGAAACAGCUAUUUGACUCAGCACAUGAGAACACACACAGGAGAGAAUCAAUUUAAUUGUUCGGACUGUGGUAAAAGCUUUUUUUCCAGACAAGGAUUGGUUCAACACAACAUGAAACACACUGGAGAAAAACCAUUUAGUUGUUCAGUUUGCAAUCAAAGCUUCCGUUAUAAUACUGUCGCACUAAGACACUUAAAAACACACAAGGGAAAAUAACGAAUCAGCAGCCGAAGUUUGAGGCAAACCCAGGAACUCUUCAUAAAUGAAGUUUGUUGUUGUUCAAAAUAUCUGAGAGGUCCGCUCAAAUUGGUAUUAACUGGAGCAGGGGUGGGCAUUACGUCGAUCGCGAGCUACCGGUCGAUCGCGGAGGGUGUGUCAGUCGAUCUCAAGCCAGGCAUUAAAAAAACAGACAUAAAAAUGAGCGAUCAUCAAUCUUCACCGAGACUUAACUUUCGUCAGUUGUUUGACAUUCUCGGCAACCGAGGAUCUUGUGAGAUGACGCUGGCUGCUGCCAGUUCAUUAUUAAAGGGGAACAUUAUCACAAUUUCAAAAGGGUUAAAAACAAUAAAAAUCAGUUCCUAGUGGCAUGUUGUAUUUUUUGAAGUUUUUCUCAAAAUUUUACCGGUCUCCGAAUAUCCCUUAAAAAAGCUUUAAAGUGCUUGAUUUUCGCUAUUUGCGAUGCCACUAUCCAUUUCCCUGUGACGUCAUACAGUGCUGCCAAUGUAAACAAACAAUGGGAAUACCACAGCAAGAUAUAGUGACAUUAGCUCGGAUUCAAACUCGGAUUCCAGCGACUUAAGCGAUUCAACAGAUUACGCAUGUAUUGAAACAGAUGGUUGGAGUAUGAAAGUGUUGAAGAAGAAACUGAAGCUAUUGAGCGAAUAGCUAUUGACGCUAUUCAUAGCCAUAGCAUGGCCGAAUAGCUGCGUUAGCAUCGCCGGUAAAAUGUGCGGACCAAACGAUCAGGACUUUCGCAUCUUUUGACACUGGAGCAACUUAAAUCCGUCGAUUGGUAAGUGUUUUUUUUUCACAUUAAAUGUGGGUGGAAGGAAACGUAAUAUAGUUGCAAAUGCAUCUGCAGGUUAUCCAUACAUCUCUGUGCCAUGUCUGCUUUAGCACCGCCGGUAAAUAGCAAGUUAGCAUCGAUUAGCGUAGCAUGUUAGCGUCGAUUAGCUGGCAGUCAACAUCAACAAAACUCACCUUUGUGAUUACUGUGACUUUUUCGUUACAAAUGCAUCUGCAGGUUAUCCAUACAUCUCUGUGCCAUGUCUGCUUUAGCACAGCCGGUAGAUAGCAUGUUAGCGUCGAUUAGCGUAGCAUGUUAGCAUUGAUUAACUGGCAGUCACGCCGCGACCAAAUAUGUCUGAUUAGCACAUAAGUCAACAUCAACAAAACUCACCUUUGUGAUUUAGUUGACUUUAUCGUUGCAAAUGCACCUGCAGGUUAUCCAUACAUCUCUGUGCCAUGUCUGUCAUCGCCGGUCAAAUGGGGAGACACUUUGGUACAUUCAAUGGGGGUCUGGCGGCAGACACUUUGGCAUCUUCGGGCCAGUGGUGCAACUUGAAUCCCUCCCUGUUAGUGUUGUUACACCCUCCGACAACACACCCACCAGGCAUGAUGUCUCCAAGGUUCCAAAAAAUAGUCGAAAAAACGGAAAAUAACAGGGCUGAGACCCGGUGUUUGUAAUGUGUUGAAAAUGAAAAUGGCGGCUGUAUUACCUCGGCGACGUCACAUUCUGACGUCAUCCCCUCCAGAGCGAUAUACAGAAAGGCGUUUAGUUCGCCAAAAUUCACCCAUUUAGAGUUCGGAAAUCGGUUAAAAAAAUAGAUGGUCUUUUUUCUGCACCAUCAAGGUAUAUAUUGACGCUUACAUAGGUCUGCUGAUAAUGUUCCACUUUAAGAAAGAAAUCACUGACAGGACGGAUUGAAACACUUUAUUUCAACGGACUCUUGGGCCGAACCUGCUGUCAAAACUCUAAAGAGCGACUGCACAGUUCCUGUCUUCACCAUAAAAGACCUGUUUCAUCCUGCCUGUGCUAUCAAAAUAAAAGUCUCAGAAAGCUAGCGUGCACAAGCUAGCAAGCUACAGAGUUUGAUGCCAAUGUAUUUCUCCCCCGCCCUCAGCGACCGCUUUCUCACUUGCUUGCCCACCCGCACAGUCACUGACGUCACUCACCUGCUGCCAGACAUUAAAGGGCCACACACAUAUGCUACUCUCAUAACAAAGUGUUUAAAAACGAGUGUGCAAGUUGGACAAAUUAGAUGCCAAAAACCAACCACUUUCAUGUGGUAUUGGACAGAAAGGACAACUUUUUUCUCCUCCGUUUGAAAAUGCGGACGUUAUCAGCACCACUGUCUGAUUCCAAUCAAUGCAAGUCAUCAGAAUCAGGUAAUACACCAACUUAUAUUCUUGUCUUCAUGAAAGAAAGGAAUCUAUGUGUGUUAAACAUGCUUGUAUUGUCAUUAAACACCAUUAACUUGUUAACAAAAAUGUCUCUUUCAUGAAUAAAUAAAUAUAAAAUAUAAAUAUGAAUGAGGUAGACCUCCUCGACUUGGUCAAUAGAAAAGUAGCUCACCUGCAGAAAAAGUGUGAGCACCCCUGAUUUGGAGUAUAAGCUCAUGUCCUCAUGACCCCAUGUCCUCUGCGUACCUGAAACUUUCUUGAAUAAUAAGUUAGAUGAUACUUGUAGUGCUUGGUUGCUCCUUCCGAAGACCAGAAAGACCUGAUGACAUUUGUGAGGUUUUUGCUGGCAUUUACAGUUGUGAUCAAAAUGAUUCAACCCCCACACAAUUUGGGUGUUUUAGCAAGUUGGACAUUUAUUCCGUAUUUUGUUUAUAGUCAUAUCAAAUAAAGAUGUGUCAAAUAGACAAAUGCAACUUA